AAAGAACUUGCAAAUUUAAAGCUAAUAGGAGAGUGUCACUUUCCAUUUGCAAGGCUAAUAGGAGAGCUUCACUUUCCUUUUGCAACCUACAGCAUCAUUUUACAAUGGAAAUAAUAGUAUAUCUAAUAUUGUUAUACUCAUGAUUAUUUCCAUCAUGAAUUAUGCCAUGUGUCACAUCACCACUUGUUUCAGUUUCAACUUUCAAGGGUGCAUUGGUUAGCAAGUGGUUUGUGGUUGUUGUGUAAUAUGUGAAUGUGGUGAAUUCACCAAUGCGAUUAUCGGGCCAUCGCAGGCAGAUCACAGGCCCGGCCUCUGAGAUAUACUCUCUGCCCGGCACAAGCCACCGUAAGCCAUGAGGCCCGAUCUGAUGAGGCCGUCCUGAGGCCUUCAUGCAGCCUUCAUGAUUGAUUGUUCCAUGUUUGUGAACAUGUGUGAAGUAAAGUAGGGUGUAGUUGGGUGUAGUGAAGUACCGAUUUGCUAUUAGCAGUGAGUGACAGUACAAUUACAGAUGAUUUUCACAAAUAUUCAAGUAGUUAACAAAAUAAAGUGCAUGUGAGAAGGAAUGACAGGAGGUUAGGAAAAACUUAGACUGCAACUAUGGCGAAACUUGUGUCAUUUGUAAAAACAAUUCGCAAUAACUGGAAAAAGAGUAUUUUUGGAUGUGUGGUUGUUACUUACGGUCUUAAUUAUGCCAAAGGAAAAUACGAUUGUCAUGUUCUUAUGGCAGACUAUUGCCGAGAAGCUUUAGAAUACGGCAAUAUUUCAUCUUCAGGAGGAUCCAAAAUUCGUAACGUUACAGUAUUUGUCAAUCCAGCAGCCAACAAACGGAAAGCAAAGAAGAAUUUUGAUGCUUAUUGCGCUCCAUUAUUGCAUCUUGCUGGACUUUCUGUAACAGUUGUGCUUACCAAAUCUCAGGGGGAAGCUCGAACUCUUGCAGAGCAUUUAGAUGAAAGUGUGGAUGCUGUUAUAGUUGCUGGUGGUGAUGGUACAUUGGCUGAGACUGUUACAGGAUUACUGCGGCGAGAAACAGGGAGAAGUCCUUUGUCCAAAAGAAUUCCUGUGGGGAUUUUGCCUUUAGGACAAAUAAAUGCUUCAGCCAAUUUCCUAUUCAGUGACAGUGGAAAAGAUAUAGUUAAAAAAAUGGGAGAGGCAACUAUGUCAAUAAUUCAAGAAGUAAGAAAGCCUGUAGAUGUUAUCAGGAUUGAACAAUUAGAAAAAGAACGUGAAGAUCAAAGACCUGUAUAUGGUGUGAAUGGACUCAGAUGGGGUGCAGUACAUGAUACAUAUGCAAAACGUGACAAAUACUGGUAUUGGGGUGCUCUGAGAGAAUACAUGGCAUUCAUAUUUAUGGGAUUUAAGAAAGAUGGUAAAGGUGUUACCUGGAACUGUAAUGCAGAUAUCCUGUAUUCGUUGCCAUGUAAUGGAUGUUCUGAGUGUUAUAUGUCACAUGAACCAACAAAACGGAAGACACCUACCAGAUGGUGGCAGAGCUUUGUACCCAAGCAACAAAGUUCUGAUGCCCAGAAGAUCGAUUACAGUAAAAUUAAAAAUGAAGCUUGCAGCACCUUGCAUGAAUUGUCCAUUUCUGCAGUUGACAUGACUCUGGAAACUUCAAAGGCGCAAGAUGAUGGUGGUGAUGACCUUAAGGCACCAUAUUUAAAAGUAUCAGUUGGUCCAUCGUCCAUCAGUUAUUUGGACUUUGUCAAUAGAGGAUGGCAGUUUAUUAAAGGAGAUGGUGCAGGGAAUGUGAAUACUUUUUAUGUGAAGGAUGUAAAGUUGCAACCUACAAUUGAAAAUAAUCUAGAGGGUGCUGAAUAUUGGUACUAUAUUGAUAAUGAUGAUUAUGAAGUGAAACCUAUUUAUAUAAAGUUACUACCUAAAAGAUUGAUUAUGUUUUGUCAGCGACAAGUUGCAAAGUCUGUUCAGCCAAAUGUAAUUUAGCCUGUCGAUGUUCCAGAAAUUUGCUUUUCGUGUAAAUACUAAAAGUGUUUUUAAAAAUACAAAUUAAAAAUAUUACUAUUCUGUCUUAUUUACUAACUGUAUUUCUUUUCUUAAAUGGCUUUGAGCAUCAACAGUUGAUUCUGUCAUGACAAGUUUCAAUAGGUGUGAAGCGU